ACGGUAAUUACGCGUUACUGUGCGCCGCUACUUUCGUACCAGAUGCGAAAUAGCAAAAGCCGUGUUUUGAUGGCGAUGAAUGAAAGAACCCAAUUAUUUGCCAGUAAUGCGAGGUGUUCGUGCAUCUAACCACCUAUAUGAGGUACCAAUGACAGAAGCGUCGUCAUGUCUGUUUUAUAUUUUCAGCGCAUUUAGCCAUAGCGUUAGCAUGGUGGUAGUUAAAGGAGCUGGGGCGCUUGGACAGAAAUAGCUUGCGCCUACCUCGUUGUUUGGACCUGGUUUGACUACAGUACCGCUUUUUUCUGUAAUGCAUCUAUCAAAGAAAUGCUCCGUUUUCAAAGUGGUGCUGAGUGCUCUGCUCAUUGUGGCGCUGCUGCAGCUCAUCUACCUUUCAUUCUUGUCCAAAUUUCACGGCAAACAACAGCGGUACCGAUACUCAGAGCUUUUUGGAGGCUCGGGAUCCAAAACAAAAGCCACACAACCUGAGAAAAACGCACGGAAGGAGCGGCUGAGGUACUCCCUGUCAACUGGUGGCAUUUUUGAUAACAGUGGUCAAUACAGGAUCUACAAAAACCUAAUAAAAAGUGAUUUCACCGCUAAUCUAAAACCAGGGUCACAAGAUAACCCAAAUAUCCUGUCUUUAGCUACUCACACAACCCUCAACAACCUGCACCACCUGGAUUCCCUUUUGGAGAGGUGGCAAAAUCCUCUGUCAGUGGCUAUAUUUGCACAUGAUCAAGAUGUUAAAUUUGCAACAGCCUUGGUUUAUGCGCUGAGUUUUUUCUGCCCCAGAAUCCAAGCACUUGUGGACUUUCAUCUGGUUUGCCUUUCUGGAGAAAUGGCCAGUUUCCCUGAGCAAGAUCGGGAGCAUUUUGUUGGACUUGAGGACUGCUCUUCUGUGUUUAAAAGACUAGAAAAUCAUAGAGAUAAAUUCAAAAACUAUGCCAUUAGUGGGAAUAUCUCCUAUCCUAAUAACCUACUUCGUAAUGUAGCUAGAAGUGGUACAGACUCAGCUUACAUUCUGGUUAUUGACAUUGAUAUGAUGCCAAGUUCGGACCUCCAUCAACAGUUUCUAGCAAUGAUCAUGGCACGUGAACCAAAUAGUGAUGAACUUUUUGUCCUGCCCGCUUUUGAAAUUCGCCAUGAUCGUAAAAUGCCAGCCACAAAGCAAGAGUUGGUCCAGCUGUACCAGGUUGGAGAGGUAAGGCCAUUCUACGAGGAGCUGUGUCCAAGAUGCCAAGCCCCUACGAACUACUCUCAGUGGGUGAACAUCCACGUGAGGGGCAGCGCGCCUCUGGAAGUGUCCUAUACUCUGACAUGGGUGGACCCUUGGGAGCCCUUUUACAUCGGCUCUCGCACUGUGCCGUUGUAUGAUGAGGGCUUCAAACAGUACGGCUUCAAUCGAAUCAGUCAGGCCUGCGAAUUACAUGUAGCUGGAUACAGGUUUUCCGUUUUAAAUUCAGCUUUUGUGGUCCAUCGAGGAUUCAAGAUUCAAGGGGAAUUUCACGCCAAAAAAGACGAGGAGAACAAACGAAAUCGGGUCCUGUUUCGUAGCUUCAAAGAGGGACUAAAAACCAAGUAUCCAUCGUCAACACGAAGAUGCUAAAUCAGAAUAUGUGACCACCCUGUUGGAAUGGACUGGUAUUUUUGUAGUUUUAAAAUGAAACUGAUUGAUUUGAAGUCAGGAUGGCCUACAUUUUGUUCUAGUUUUAAAGGUUGUAUUGCCACGAGGAGGUUAAAUUAAUUACAUAUAGCCUUAGGGAUUUUUCAGAGCUUCCUGUUGGGCAGAAAUAUUGAAAAAAACAGUCAGAACUAAGAACCUCACUGAUUUAUGAGUUCUCGAUAUAAAACAAAAUAAAAUAAUUAAAACACAAUAAUGUCAAUGUGCACUGAGCACCUAAUGCGUUUUUUGAUGGGAUGGUGCGCCAUCUGCUUGUCUCCAUAGAUAUGUUAUUGCUUUGCUUGGAAUGUUCCACAAAAUGGCAUUAUCUUGCAUUUUUUUAGUACUUGGUGUAAGUACCGGUAAGUUCUUAACUCCACAGAUCUAACUUGUCAGUGUGGCAUCACCUACAAUAACAUCUCCAUGGAAACAAACCUUUCUUUUCACAAAAAGCUGUCUGUGCAGCAAUUUGACAUUAUUAACUAAGGUGUUUUAACUUUGGAGCUAAAGAGUUAUGUUAACAGUAUUUAUUUUUAUCUUGUUUAUUGCCAUUUUGAGCCUUUAUCUGAUAUAGAUUUACAUCAGGUAAAUUGUCUUACGCUCUCUAGUGACAAUAUAUUUCCUUUUACAUGAAUACUGACAAAACACAAUCAACAUUUUCAGGUAAAGAAUGUGCCCUUAUCUUAAAACUCCUAUUAAUGCCAUGAUGAUCAAUGCCAGUGAGUAGCCACAAGAGGGCCACAAAGAUUGCCUCAUUGUAAAGUGUAUUGCACAGUAUGUAGCUGGGAUAUUUUAUACAGAACUACAAGAGUUAAUAUCAUGCCUGUUAAAUGUUUUUUUGGUUUGGCUUUUCAAACUAAGACAAGUUAAUUACCACUUAUGCAGAGAAGGUGACAAACGUUUUGCCAAAUUACAGAAACUACUACAAUGUUUAACACUGGAAAAGUAAGUAAACUGUUUGUAUCACAUUUACGACUAUUUUAAUGGCAGCUCUUUUCAAGCAUUUAAAUGUAGCAUGGUUAAAUUGUAUACUAAAUUCAAAUGGACUGAAAUAAGCCACUACAAAAUGACUGCAUAUCCCCUUAACAUUGACAGUAUUGUUCGCUAUUCCAACACAUUUGUUAUAUUUUGAGUGCUACAUAUUCUUCAUUGUGGUAUUUGCUAAUUUGUUCUAUUCAAAAUGUUUUACUAUUUAUUGUGUCAUGUUUUGUGUUGACUGAAGUGUCUCCAAUCAGAAAACUGUAGCACAAAUAUGUUUGGGGUUAAAUAUUUAGUUUUUGCUAUAAUGUACGCAGGACAUUUUGAAAUAUAUUGUUUAUCAGUGGUACUUGGUUGUAUAUCAUUUUAUCAUUUUUGAGAUGACAGAAAAUGUUUAUAAUCUUGUGUUGUGACUUUUAAUAAAUUUAAUUCUGUUA